AUGGCUUCUGUACUAACAAAACUUCCCGCUGAAUCAAUGUCUUCUAAAAGCACCUCAGCGAUACGAUUCCACGCAGGAUUUUUGUUACAGAUUGAUCAGCCAGCGCUAAAUCUGUUUGCUCGUGAUUUCUACAUUCUGCUAGAAACCCAGGAAGAGCGACUGGCCUACAUGACACUAAUUAGGGACGUUUUAUUAUUACUCGAUGCUCGGGUCGAUGUAUCGACGCGCGACGCUGAUGAAAUUUUACGAUUCGAAACCGAUCUUGCCAAUCAAAUUGACCAUCCGUCAGAUGAGAAGGAUAUCAAAUCGAAAAAUGGAAAACCCAUUGUUGUGAACGAUACGACUGAGGUUGUCGUAUAUGGUUUAGAAUUUAUAGGUAAACUAGAUGAUUUAUUACCCAAAUAUGAAACGAGGAUAAUCAUCAAUUAUCUUUCAUGGUGCUGGUUUUUCAAAGCAAUGCUACGCGAUUUGCCCGAUCCGUUUGCAUUAACGAUGUUCAAAUUUUACAGAAGCCUUAAUUUGAUGCAGGUCCCGAAGAUGCGUUGGCACGGUUGCGUUACGCGUAUCAAUAGUCUAAUGCCGAUGGCCACAUCCAGCAUCUAUAUUAGGAAUCAUUUCGACAAUGAAGCCAAAAAGCAGGCAAGUGAGCAGCACGAUCUGGAUUGUAGUAUCAAAAUUUGA